AUGAAUGCUGUUUUCACCUUAGAACUUUGCGCUGGGUGCGCUAGACUGUCGGCGUCUUUGGCAACCAAAGGUUUCAAAGCUAUGGCAGUCGAUCAGAAAGCAAACAAACAUAAACAAUGCUAUGCAACAGUCGCCUUGGACCUAGCCAAUGAAGAAGCUUUGCAACUCUUGAAAUCGCUUCUGAAACCACCGGGCCGAGUCUUCUAUGUGCAUGCUGCGCCGCCUUGCGGUACCUGCUCGAAAGCCAGAGAUCGCAAGCUCAAAUGGGCAAUCCGCAGACUUGGCGUGAAAGAGCCAAAACCGCUACGUAGUGCCUUGCAUCCACAUGGGCUGCCGUCGUUGAGAGGCCUGGACCUGAAGCGGGUCACCUUAGCCAAUCGCAUUUAUGCCAACAUUGCCCUAUUGCUGAAGCAGGCAAUUCGAGCUGGAGCCUUUGUGUCGAUCGAGAACCCCACACGGUCCUGGAUGUGGCAAACACAAUGGAUGCUUGAGCUCAUAGAUGAGUUCAGCUUGUUUCCAGUCACCUGUCAGCAAUGCAUGCAUGGCGGCAAAAGAGAUAAGUGGUCCACAUUUUACACCAAUGCAGAGUGGCUCCUUCCUCUCGCAAAAGAGUGUGAUGGCAGUCAUGUGCAUGCACCGUGGGGCAUCACAAAAGAUGGCAUUAAGUACAAGUUCAACACGGCGGAGGAGGCCGAAUAUCCACCAGUUCUGUGCCAGCGCAUUGCCGCAGCAGUGCACAGUGCUGCACUGAGCGCAGGCAUUCAGGUGGUUUCUCAACCCAAUGUGGUCGCUCCCAAAGCUCCGCCUACUAAGAUGGCAGCAGCAGGACGUCAACCUCGUGGCCACCGUCUACCAGAAGUCAUCUCUGAAUACAAGUCAACACUGUUUGUGUCAUGGCCUUUUAGCAAGCCAACAAAACUCCCGCGUUUUCUCUCUGCUGAUGAAGCUGCCCACCUUGGGGUACCGUCCCUCACCAAGGUCCUCACAUGUGAAAGUCGGAAAAGUGCAGAUGUUGAGGACCCAAACAAUGGUGUCAAGUGGAGUGCAAAGUUGGGGAUACUUAGGACGGCUCUAGAGCUUGUAGAAGAAGCAGUUCAGCUGAGCCACCCGUUUGAUUCUUCGAGCGCAGUGACAGAUGAUGCCAAGUGGAACAUUUUCGCAGUGCUCGUAGAUGGACCAGAGGCAGUACUUCGCAGGAGACGAGAAGCUUUAAGCCACUAUGCCAAAAGAGCUGUCGCUUUGCAGUUGGAGGAAGACAAACUUCAUGAACAGCUGCCUGAACACCGGCAGAAGUUAGUGGCCGACAAGCGAACGCUGUUGUUGGCGGAGAUGUGCAGGGAUGCAGGAGUCCCAGACAAUGGUCUUCUAGAACUUCAGCUAGCAGGUACACCUUUGACGGGAGUUUCGGGAAGCACAGGCCUCUUCGAAGACGCAGAAGCUUGUCAACCAGCCAUGGAUGAUGUUCAGCUGAUGAAGUCGUCUCGAUGGAGUAGGAAGAUGGUGGCGGGCAGAGAAUCCAACACUAUGGACAUGGAGUUGAACAAGGAUGUUUGGGAAAUCACGAUGAAAGAAGUCGAAAAGGGCUGGCUGCAGGGCCCGCUGUCGGACAGCCAGGUGAAGUCGUUGGUUGGGCCACUGUAUGUGGUAUCUCCCCGCUUUGGUCUUCGUCAAUCCGACAAGGUCAGGCCCAUCGAUGACAUGUCCAUCAGCCUUGUGAACUCCAGCUUUGCAGCGAGCUAUUCCCUAGAGCUUGACGGUGUCGACGGCGUAGCAGUCCUAGCUAGGACCAUGGCUGGGGCUGUAACGGAUGAUGGCCGGGUGAGCUUGAAGCUGAGCGAUGGUAGUAGCCUUGAAGGAAGCCUUCACUUCUCGUUGGACGUUUUACCUUUCGGAGCAUCUGCUGCAGUCUACAGCUUCAACAGGUUCUCAAAAGCCUUGCAGAUCAUCGGCUCACGGUUGUUUUCCUUGACAUGGACUUGCUACUUUGACGACUUUACUCAGUUUGACUUAGCUGCCUUGGGGGAUUCUUCGCAAACUACUGCUGAGGGCUUUCUCGAUUUGGUUGGUUGGAAGUUCUCGAUGAAGGACACUAAACGAUGUCCCAUGGCGGCUUCUUUCUCCGUGUUGGGGGUGACAGUGGACCUCAGCGCUAGCAAGUCCGGGAUAGUAGUGGUCAGGAACAAAGAGUCUCGUGUGCUUCAAAUCAAGCAAGAGAUAGCUGAGAUCAUCAGGUCCGGCUCCUUUUCUACUGCAGUGGCAUCUUCUUUGAGAGGAAGGGUGCAGUUUGCGGAAAGCCAAACUUUUGGAAGAGCUAUCAACUUGUUCAUGAGAGCUUGCAACUCCCGCGCAGCAAAUACGAGCCCUGGUACCAGUUUGGAUGAGAACAUACUUGGUGAACUCCGUUGGGCUCAAUGCUUCAUCGAAGAUGAUCGUCCUAGGAUUCUGAAAGUAGAUCAAAGCAGAGUGAAAGUAGUCAUCUUCACAGAUGCAUGCCUUGAAGAGGGUGACACCAGAGCGGGAGUAGGCAUGGUUGCGUAUGUGUGCAAGGAUCAAGUGCCCGUGAAAAGAUAUUUCUUUGCCGACGAGGUUCCAAAGGAAGUCCUCGAGAAGCUACAGGAAACCACACCAAAAGUGAUCUCUGGAUUAGAGCUCAUGGCAGCAGUCAUGGCUAUCGUUUUGAUGAAGGAUCACUUGUUAGCGCGAAGGGCUUUCCUCUUUGUCGACAAUGAG